AUGGGGGAGGCGGCUUCACCUUGUCGGGUCUUCCCCCUCCCCUUCUUUCCCCCCGGGCAGGGGCCUGACGGGCCGUGCCGCCAUAUUGGCUGUUGUCCUGGCUGCGGCGGGUGUUGGGCCGCGCUCGCCAUGACUCGCAGGCGGAAUAAGGCAGCAGCAGCAGCGGCGGUGGUGGCGGCGGCGGGUGGUUCUGGGUUUCGCCGUGAGAGAGUGACGGGUUCCGAUGGCGGGCCUCCUCCCCCUCCACCACCGCCGCCGCCAGAGCCGCCCGCCCCGCCUGAGGUGGUGGUGGCAGCGGGCAGCAGCGGGGAGUCGGGCAGAGCCACCGCUCAGGUGCUACCCACAACCAACCAGUCAGUGCAGACAUGCUGCCUGCUCUGUCACCGGGAGCGCAAGGACUGGGGAGGACCAUCCCACAAUGGGCUGGUCUCCCCGGGUGAGAGGCUGCCACCAGACUUUGUGCCAACGCUCGUACAGAACCUCUUGGGAGAAAUGCCACUAUGGAUCUGCCAGAGCUGCCGGAAGAGUGUGGAGGAGGAAGAGCGGCGGGCAGUGCAGGAGCAGGCCCUGGCAGUCUCGUUAUCCCACACAUCCUGCAAGUCACAAUCUUGUGGGGGUGGCCCCCACUCCUCUUCUUCUUCCUCCUCCUCUUCUUCUUCCUCGUGCCACGGGAACUCAGGGGACUGGGACCCCAGCUCUUUCUUGUCUGCUCACAAGCUCUCGGGCCUCUGGAACUCACAGCACACCAACGGGGCUGUGCAGGGCAACCCCCUUGGGGCCCCCCCUUCUGUACUAGGUGACAAGCACUCCAGCUUUGCUCUUUCUCCAGAGUGUGCCAGCCAGGUGCCUGCAGUGGGUCUGGGGCUCAAGGCCUGUCCCUACAGCCACACAGCAUCUUCCACCUCCAGCAGCACUGCCCCGGGCUCACCUCUGCCUACCUCACUUGACUUUUGCAAGACGCUGCCGAAGCAGUUCAAAAGCAUAUGCCGGAGGGCCACCCCACCAGGUGAGGUCUUCCACUCCUCAGAGCAUCAUCAGCACUCGGACCUCACUGCUCCUCCUAACAGUCCCACCGGCCUCCCCUCCCAGCUGCCAGCACUGAUCCCCUCCAAGCAGACGCCUGCCCAUCCAGGGCCCUUUGGUUCCCCACCUCAUGUCCCACUGGCCACCUCUCCGCAGGCUGCUCUCUUCCCUGUGCCCAGCAUGCAGGCAGCAGCCCCAAAGCCAGCAUCUGAGCCCCUUCCUGCUGGCACGGUCUCGCACAGCCCAGGGUCGUGUAAGAGCCCUCACCUGCCCCCUGCCAACGUGCCACUGCUGAAGAUGCCACCUCCCCUGUCAGGCUGCACUCAUCCCUGCAAUGGGCACUGCAGUACUUCGCUCAUCCCUCCUCCCACCUCCCACCAGCUGCCCAGCACAAACAGGGAGCCCUCUUGCAAAGGGCACAAAUUCCCAAAUGGUACCAGCUGCCAUCCGCCACAGCCUUGUGAGGCAGAUGAGGGACUCGGGGAGGAUGAGGACAGCAGCUCGGAGCGCAGUUCCUGUACCUCCUCCUCUACCAACCAGAAAGAUGGGAAGUUCUGUGACUGCUGCUACUGUGAGUUCUUCGGCCACAAUGCGCCCCCAGCGGCUCCCACAAGCCGCAACUAUGCUGAGAUCCGGGAGAAGCUGCGUUCGCGUCUCACCAAGAGGAAGGAGGAGCUGCCACAGAAACUAGGGCACAACAGCAGCUCAGGAGAGCCUGCUGUGGACCACCGCAAUGUGGACGAGCUGCUGGACUACAUCAACAGCACAGAGCCUAAGCCCUUGAACAGUGCCAAGGCAGCCAAGCGGGCACGACACAAGCAGAAGAAGAAGGAAAAGGAGAAAGCCCAGCUGGAGGCGGAGGCCCAGAAACGGGCAGAGCAUGGCCCUGCAGCCAUCCAGGCCAGGGAGGUGGCUGAGGAGAAGCUGUUGGAGUGGCCAGAGCUGGAGUUGGAGCGGGUGAACAGCUUCCUAAGCAGCCGGCUACAGGAGAUCAAGAACACUAUCAAGGACUCCAUCCGGGCCAGCUUCAGUGUCUAUGACCUUAACCUGGAUGUUAAUGACUUCCCCAAGAAGGCAGCUGUCCUGGAACAGAAGAACCUGCUCUCCCACCUCAAUGGUUCCUCUGACCUCCAGGACAUAGACCUAGCCCUGGCCCCACUCAGCCUGGGCCCUGCCAAGAGCCACACGCUGCUGCAGGAUGAGCUGGUUCCCCGAUGGGGUGAGGGCCCUGGGGAGCCACCACCAGCCCCAGUGGCAGCCGAGAAUGGGGUGGUGAAGCGUCUCAGUGCCGUACCCAGCCUCUCCCGUAUGAUCUGGGUGCAGUCCAAGACUGCAGACUCUGCUGUGGAUGACAGUGAGCUGAGCCCAGAGCCCAAGGAGGGGCCACAGCCCAAAGGGCCAGAACUGCCAGUGCCAGUGCCUGCAGGUAGCCGGCAGCGGAAGAGCAAGCGGCAGGGUGGGCAGGUGAAGAAAGGGGAAGGUGCUACUGCCAUGCCUAGUGGACAGGGCUGGCUGGAGAGCCCUGGUGCAAAGGGGCAGGUGCUGGCAAUCAAGCACCCUUCCAAGGCAAGUGCCCUGGAGCCACAGCGGGCUGGCAGCUGUGCUGAGCCAGGGGAGAAUGGCAAGGGGCAGCCCUGGGGCUGCAGCAGCAGCAGGACAGAAAAGGAGAGAAGUGGCGAGUGGAAGGGCCGGAGGGGAGAGGGCAAGGCAGAGCUGCUGGAGCCAGUGCAGCAGCCACCUGCCCUGGUUGCUGGAGACAGGCAGCUGCCUGCCCUCCCUGUGCUGGGGGGCUCCCCCCAGCCCAAGGGCAAGAGCAGGAAGAGCCGGAACAAGGUGGAGAAAUCCAAUACCUCGAUUGAUGAUGUGUUCCUGCCCAAGGACCUAGACGGGGUGGAGAUGGAUGAGACUGACAGAGAAGUGGAGUAUUUCAAGAGGUUCUGCCUGGAUUCGGCCAAGCAGACCCGACAGAAGGUGGCAGUGAACUGGACCAACUUCACCCUGAAGAAAACCACUUCCAGUGCAGCCCAGUGA